UGAAACUCAGUUGUGCAGCGAGUCGGGAGUCCGCUCCGACUGCCGAGCUGCGUGCAUGUUUGUCGGUAGUAUGACUGCACUUCGAGCCAGAACGUACACCAUGGAGAUUUCAUUUUCGCGCGCAUCAUUGAGGGCCGCGCGGUCCAUCGCGCGACACCAGAAAAGCCAGCAAUCCAUCUGUCGGCGAUGUCUGCUGCACACGACGUCCACCAAAUCUGCCACGCCCGUUGCACACCCAACCGUGCCCGGUCCUCCUCCAUCAGCGCCUGAAGUCUCGCCGACCCAUCCGGAAAGUCGAUUGGCGCGAAAAAGGGAACAAGCGCAGCUGCUGAAGCAAGGUCAGAAGACCAAGCCCGACCCAACGAAGCCUGGAUCUGCACUGCAAAAGCGCUUCUGGAAAAAUGUGGCUGUUCAGGAGACUGCAGAUGGACGAUUGCAAAUCAUGUUGGAUUCCCGCCCUGUGCGGACUGCCACGAAGGAGAUCUUGACACUGCCCAAAAGUAAGCGUGCGCUUGCAGCUGCCAUUGCCCUGGAAUGGGACCAGCUCGUGUCGGCGCAGCAGGCAUUGAAGCAGCACUACAUCCCCUUGACCUCACUCACAUCCCGAGCGAUUGAUGUAGAGACUGCCGACAGCUCUGGAAACAAACAAAUACGGGACAACAUUGUCAAGAUGGCGAUGCGCUACUUCGCGACCGAUACCCUUCUCUGCUGGGCACCCGAGAACAAUCGACACGACCCGAUGAAUCAAUCAUCCAGGAACCUCCGCGCACGCCAAAAAGCCAUCGCCGAACCGAUCAUCGCCUUCUUAACAACGCACAUCUUCCCCGGCGUGGAGAUCGUGCCUGUGCUGAGUGAGGAUAGCAUCAUGCCCAUCUCACAACCCGAGAUGACCACGCAAGUGGUUCGUGGCUGGGUGUCGGGCCUGACAGCAUUUGACCUUGCGGCCCUAGAACGAGCAAUACUAGCAACAAAGAGUUUGACGAUAGCGGUGCGAUUGCUGGUGGAAUGGAGCACCGAGUGGAAGCAUAUCCAGGAGGCGCCGGAGAAGGGGAAGUUCGGGAUAGAACAUGCAGAAGAGGCGAGCUCGCUGGAAGUAUUGCACCAAACGGAGCAGUGGGGCGAGGUCGAGGACACGCACGAUGUGGACAAAGAGGACCUGAGGAGACAACUGGGUAGCGCGAUCCUGCUUGUCACUUGAGCUUGUAGAUGAUACGCGACCGAAAGUGUCGACCAAUUGUACAAAAAUGAAAUUCCUGGCGAAUGUCAAGGAUACUGUUCACGGUCACAUGGCAGUCGACUGAUUGUAAAAGAGGUGCGUUCCAGCUUUGGGCUCCAUUGCGCAGUAUUU